UUUACGGGACUCAACAGAACCACAUCUAAUAUAGAGCCGCGAACUUACACCAGAAGUAAUGGCAUUGAAGAGACCGAUGAUAUCAAAUACAUCGAUGAUGUGGAGAAUGAGGCGAUUAAAGACGAACUGUUCGGUGAAUUCGGUUUCACUUUCGACCAAAUCACUGAAAUGCAAGGCCUGAGCAUCGCUUCGGCCAUCUAUAAGACCUAUCCGGCGAUCGUCAACAACAAGACCACAAAAGUACUCAUAUGUUGUGGAUCUGAGUUGUUGGGCAAGAGUGGACUCGUGGCCGCCCGUCAUCUCAAACUGUUUGGUUUUCGUGCGACAAUAUAUAACCCAACGCCGGGAAAGACACCGCAUUAUCAUCGGCUCAUCAGACAGUGUCAAGAGUUUGAGAUCUCAUUCCUAUCGUAUUUGCCGAAUGAGUCGCGACUUAUCGCCGAAUCCUAUGAACUAAUCGUCGACGUUAUGGAAGACUAUUCCCAGAGUUUGAGUUCACAGACUCACGACAUACUGACAAAACUGGUGGAGGUUUGCAACGCCGGCAUUCCUGUCAUCAGUGUUGACGUGCCCUUCGGCUGGACUCCCAAUGACGGGCCGCCCAGGAAUGGCAUUCCCGUACUUUUGCCCGAAUGUCUCAUAUCAUUGAUUGCACCGAAAAAGUGCGCCAAACUCUUCACCGGUCGUCACCAUUGGUUGGGCGGAAGGUUUAUAUUGCCAUCACUUUCGCGUAAAUACAAACUUAAUUCACCAAAAUAUGACGGAUCCGAACAAAUUGUCGCCAUCGAUACCCAUUGCUAUUAACACUAUUAUA